AUUCUCAUCUUCCUUUCAGUAAUUGUGAUUUCAUUUGGAACGGCCGGGAACGCACUGGUAGUUGGGAUAGUCGUCAAAUCGAAAAACAUGAAGACAGCCACGAAUAUCCUCAUCGCCAACCUUGCACUCGCUGACAUCAUGGUGCUCUUCUUCGACCUGCCACUGACCCUGCAUUACCAACUCAACAGAAUUUGGGUUCAUGGAAUUUUUUUAUGCCACGCGUUCUAUAUGCUCUUCGGAGUGUUCGAAUGUGUGAGCAUACUAUCUAUGACCGCCAUAGCAAUCGAUCGAUACGUGCUAAUCGUGAGGCCACUGAGCACCAAGCUGACGCCACUCAACGCCGUCCUGCUAGCUGCUUUCAUUUUCCUCAUUUCAACAAUUGUUGCCCUGCCGGCCGGAAUAUUUGUGAAAGUGACCGAUUUGUCAAAUGACAAGAUUGGAUUUCGCAUGGUGACUUGCGGUGACGACUGGCCUGAUAAAGGAGAUUGGUACAGAAAAAUUUAUACGGUUGCCGUCAUUUUGAUGAUGUUCGUAUUUCCAUUAUUUGUCAUUGCUUGCCUUUACACGCUCAUUUUCAAUAAAAUUCGUCAACGAAUCAAAUCUCGAUCUGGCAGCAGCUCAAAAACAAAUCGUAUGUUGGUGACAGUAGUUUUGGUGUUUGUCGUUAGCUGGGUUCCUCACCAGCUCGUCACCAGCGUUUAUGAGUUCUUCCCCUAUUUAGACCCAGAUCGAGAAACCAUUUCAAUGGUUGAUCUUUAUUUCAGACUGCUGGCUUUCAGCUCAUCCUGCAUUAAUCCAAUUCUUUACGGCUAUAUGAACGAUAACUUC